CCCCCUCCUUCUUCCCCUCGCCCGACGAAAACAGCGGACUCCGAACGCCGAAACCGAACCCUGAGGUGCCUCCUCCACCCGCGGGCGCCGGAGCCGAAGAGGUCCCCGCCAGAACGUGCACGCGCCGUUCUUCGCCAAGGGCUAGGUCCUCCAGGGUCUCCCUCUUGCAGACCACCCAUGGUGCAGGCGGGACGACGCUGCUUCUAGUCGCCGAGGACAUCCGACAGGAUAUCGACUAGUCGGGGACAGAGGGGAAGCGAGACUACUCGAGGACUACUCGAGGACCAGCGAAGGUCGGCCGGGGUCGGACCAGCUCCGGGGCCAUGGCUCCCACGGCGCAGGAGAAGGUCUCGGUGGACGCCCGUGGCGUGCUCAUCAUGAUCGUCGCGCUGGCCGGCAUCGCUGCCCUAUGGGUGAACGAAUUCAUGCCGGCGGACGACGGCUUCGAUCCCAGCACCUACGUCUACCGGUCACCGCAGUCACAGCACAAAGGGCACUCCAGGGAAGCGACGAGGGAGCCGCCGAAACCGGUGCUGCUCUCUCUGGAGGACUGCGGCAAACUCGCACAAGAUGCCGUACGGGAGUAUGUCCAACGACACGCCGCCGAACCGAGGGACGAUUCCGCCGAAGACAGCGCUCCGACCGACGACGACGAGGCUUCGAAAGCCCGCGACUACGAAGAAGCGUCCAUGACCGAAGAGCACAGACACGGAGGCAGCAAGGCUGCAGCACGACACGCCGAAGCUGAGGACACGUCAGCCCAGUCGGAGGAGGAACACGAAGAAGCGCACGCACCGGAACUUGCCGACAGCGAAGAGGAGGCAAGCGAGGAAGGAGGGACGACCGGACACGAAGCGGAGGAAGAGAGUGAAGAGGAGGUAGGGGCCACUGAAGAGGAGGAGGAGGAAGAGGAGGCUGAGAGUGGGGAAGAGACGGAAGGUGAGCAUGCACCAGAGGAGGAGGAGGAGGAGGAAGAGGAAGAAAACAGCGACGAGGCAGAUGCAGGACUAGAAGCCGAGGAGCCCGAGGGCUCCGAAGAGGAAGGAGGCUCGUCUGAGGGAGACAAGUCUCAAGAGCAGGAAGAGGAGGAAGAGGUCCGGGCUGGACCACGCUCCCGUAAACACAUCGCCGACGUGCUAGGCUUCAGGGACAUUGGCAGCGACGACGACAAGGAAGAAGAUGCCCUGAUCCAAGAGAUCCUGCAGGAGCUUAAGAAGCUCUCGGUGAAUGCCAUUCAGCCCAUGGAAAAGCUCUACAAGUUCAAGGACAUCAGCACCAGAGUGCUUGGAGAUGCAGAAAUCUUCAACAAGCCGAUGGCUCUCUUCUUGGGACCGUGGAGCGCCGGGAAAAGUAGCGUCAUCAACUACCUGCUCGGAACGGAGCAUACCAAGGCAGGCCUCAAGACAGGCCCCCAACCGACGGACAUAGACUUCACCAUUGUGCACUAUGCCGACAAGCUGCAGCGGGCCAGCGGCACCGAAAUGGCCGCCCACUGGGCGUUUUCGAGCGUCAACAAAUUUGGACAGGGGUUCCUUGACCACUUCAGGGGCAUCGGGCUGCCGCAUCCACUUCUGCAAAAGGUCACCAUCGUGGACACACCCGGCAUACUCGACAAGCGCAAGGUAGAGAACUACCCGUUCAACGACGCCUUCCAGUGGUUCAUUGACCGCGCCGACGCCAUCUAUGUCGUCUUCGAUCCCAGCAAGCUCGAGAUCGGCGAGGAGAUGGCCACACUCCUCGACCAGCUGAAAGGGCGCGAGGCGCAAACACGGUUCCUCCUUAACAAGGCCGACUUUGUCCAGCCGCACGACAUUAUGCGCGUCACGGGCCAACUCCUGUGGAACGUGUCCCCGCUCCUGGGCAGCAGCGAGGCCCCUGUCAUCCACACCGUCUCGAUGACCUCGAGGCCCUACCACGCCGGAACUCCCGCAGAGUUCUUCCACGAGCAGGAGCUUGCGCUGCUCGACCACCUCCGCGAGAUCAUGGACGAGCGCGUCGAGAACACUAUCGCCUAUGCGCGCCGACACGCGGUGCGCGUCCGCAACCACGCCAAGCUUGUCGACUGCUACCUCAGCACCUUCUACAAGCAGAAGGGCAUCUUCGGCAGCAAGAAGAAGGUCGCCGAGGCCAUCACCAAGGAGCCCAACAAGUACAACAUCUUCGAGGGCCUCAGCCGGCUCAACAACGUGAGCCGCUACGACCUGCCGGACCCUCAGGUCUACUAUAAGUUCUUCAAGCUCAAUCCAGUGUAUGAAUUCAAGCCCCUGAUCGACACCUGCACCUACUUCAAGGGGUGCCCCCUGGACAAGCUCGACAUUGCCAUAGCUUACGACCUGCCACAGCUUUUGGGCAAGUACAACGACAAGACAAAGCUCAAGAAGGACCAUGAGAAGUCGGCCACCGGUCAGGUUCCGGUGCCGAUGGGUGCCGAGGAGCGACGCAGCUGAGGAGGAACUGCUGCUCCCUGAUCUCGAGAACAAACGUCCCAACAAUGUCGGAAGUAUGGCGUCGGGGCCGCGGCUAGAAAGUUGUGCUCUUCUGGAGCUCCGACACUGCAACCGCUACUGGCUUUAAGUGGUCGUUCGCUGGGUAAAAAAAAAAAAGAAGCGUGGACGCGGCAUGAGCUACGCCCACAAGCUUCCGUCGCUGGAGCUGCAAAAAGGUUCAACUUUCUGGUGCGGCCAAUAACUGGGGGACGGACCUGACAGCGGGUUUUCUCUGGAGACUCGCCCUUUUGGCUGCCAGUGGUGGAUGAAAAACCAGUUUUGAGGGAUUCCUUUUUUUUUUUUCUUUUUUCAGGAAGGCACCGUUGUUUGGGUAGAGUAGAUGCACCUUCAUGGACUGCGAACGAGCAGAUGCUCACCGAGAAAUUUAGGGUAGCUCCACAAAUGCUUCACUAAAUACCCAAGGUUGCCCGUAGUACAGACUGGUAUGGCGUCAACAGGAAACUAGAGGAAUUCCAUGAAUACCCAUAGUUCCAUUUGUUCCCAAGUCACGUCAUACAAAGGCGUGAAGUAGACUAUCCUCAGUGGACGUUUCAAUGUUCUUGGUGAACAGUUCAUGCAUGUAGAUGGCACUCCAGUACUGCCCAGUAAAGAUGGUUCCCCAACAAUCAAUGACCACAAUGUCGGAUGACAAGCUAGUAUAAUUUGGCAGGUGAUGGUCUGAUGGCACAUUGAAAUUAACAAGGACAGGAGGUAACAUACCAGAUGGCAGAGUAAUGCUUUUUAAAAUUAAAAAAAAUGAGAAUGAUGGGUGAGAUCUUUUUUUUUCUUUUAUUCUCGUCAGAAAGUUGCCAAAUGAAAGACAUUCCCUGUUCACUAACAACCCAAUCUCAGCAAAACUUGGCAAUUACUUAGCAUCUACUUCUCAACUAACCAUACAGCUUAGUUCAGAAGUGUCACAACCAUGUCACAAAACAAACCUUGUGGCAAAGCAACUCUAUGAAAUAUUCAAGCCUGUGAUAAUAUGGCCGUGUUAAACGAGAUCUUCUAAUAUGAAAUAAAAGCUGAUGUGAAUAAAACUGCCAUAACAAUG